AUGGAGGGUGCCCGACCUCUGGAAACGGAUACAGCUAAUAAGCUAACGAAAUUCUCCACUCCCUUUUCCAUCGAAAGUCUGAUCGCCACUCAUCAUCACCAGCAGCAGCAGCAGCAGCAACAACAACAACAACAACAGCAACAACACGAUCACGAAAGAAGCUCGCAAAUGUUGGCAAGUGUCAACAGCCGCGACCAAGACGAGCUGAGUGCACGCGCUUUGGUCGCCACAUCUGCCUUAGGACUCACAAACUUCCCCUUCUACAAUCCCUGGCUCCACGGCUACUUCGCACAGAAUCACGAUCGGCUAACGCAGUUGAUAUCUAGCGGCUGUUACCUUACGAAUUUCGCCAAAGCUGAGCAGAAUGUAGGUGCGACACCACUGCCACCACCUUUGCUCGCCGCCCAACUAGCGACGAAAAGUGCACCUUCGCUGCCACCUCAUCCGCAUGCAAUGCCAAUAAGUGCUACUAGCUCCAGUAAUGCCGAUCAUACGCGGGCGUUACCGUCGGUGCCAACACAUCCGCUAGACCCUCAAAUGCCAGCGCGUUUUCUCUUCAAUCCAUCGGAUGCGAAUUAUCGCGAUAAGCUUUUGCUAACCAGUUUCGGUGGUCUUCGAGAGGUUAAUGCCGCUGCAAGCGCGUCACAACCGACCGUUGCCAGCGAUUUAAGUGCCGAUCAACAACAUUCAUAUGCGGAAUGCAUGGGCGAUGAUUAUGUCCACAACUUAACGGUGCAUACGCGUCUGCAAAGCCCAAACAAAAGUAGCUCGCUGCCAAGUGAAGCCAAUGCUAGUGAUUUGACGUUGGGCCCUUCUUCCGCCUCCAGUUGUGGGAAUACGAAUAGUCGCGACUCGGUGAAAUCGCAUACGUCCGAAGCGUUGCUGGAUGUUGGCAUGGAUGAGGAUUUCGAUUGCAGUGGAGAUUCCUGUAGUGACAUAAGCCUUACGAUGUCGCCGAAGAACUACAGCACUGAUAUGGAUAAGAGCAGAGGCUACACACACUCUGAUAGUGAAGACUGUUCCGAUGAUGAAGCGACGGGUGGUCAUAGCGAUUUGAAUAAGGAUUCCGGUAGUAAUUGUGGCGGUGGAAAUUCCAAAUCGCGUCGAAGGCGAACCGCUUUCACCUCCGAGCAACUGCUGGAACUGGAAAGAGAAUUCCAUGCGAAGAAAUAUUUAAGCCUGACCGAGAGAAGUCAAAUAGCGACAAGCCUUAAACUCAGUGAAGUACAGGUGAAAAUCUGGUUUCAAAAUCGUCGUGCCAAAUGGAAGCGCGUGAAAGCUGGCCUCACAUCGCAUGGCCUCGGCCGUGGUACUGGCGGCGGCACCAAAAUUGUCGUACCCAUACCAGUGCAUGUGAAUCGUUUUGCGGUGCGAUCGCAACACCAACAAUUGGAGAAAAUGUGCCUGAGUGGUCCAAAACCUGAUCUGCGCAAGAAAAUGCCCACCGAACUAAGUGGCUUCGAGAAAUUCAAUGGCGCCAAUGGCGUGGUGGCGAGCUUGAGCAAUGGCAGCGCCGCUGGUAUUCUGAGCGCUACGGCGACGCCGGCAGCAUUAAUGGCGGCAGCGAAUAUGGCGGCGGCGAAUACAGUGACGGGUACUUUGGCUUUAGCGCGUAGUAUUUAUUGAAGUGGUUUCAGU